UGGGGCGCUGCGCCUGCAGUACCUGCCGCACCACAUGCUGCUGGCGUCCAUCUCCAAGGGCGGAGUGCUGGACUACGUGGACACCACCACGGGCCGCCACGUGGCGCAGUGCAAGACGCGCAAGGGGCGCUGCGACGCCAUCACAGCCGACAGCCGCACGGGCGUGAUCUCCCUGGGCCACAGCAACGGCACCGUCACCCUCUGGAGCCCCUCCAUGGGCACCCCUCUCGCCACGCUGCUGGCCCACCACGCGCCGCUGACGGCCAUCGCGAGUGACGCGUCGGCGGGGCGGUACUUGGUGACGGCGGGCAUGGAGGGGCGCGUGCGCGUGUGGGACGUGCGCACGCUGCGCGAGCUGCACUCGUACGUCUCGCCCACGCCAGCGAGGACGAUUGCGCUGAGUCAGCACGACAUGCUGGCAGUGGGGUUCGGGUCGGCGGUGGAGGUGUGGAAGGAGGCGCUGACAGCGAAGCAGCACACGCCGUACCUGAAGCUCAGGAUCCAGUCGAGUGGGGCAAACAGGAACACCAGGAGUGGCGGGGGAGGAGGGGCGGCUGCUACUUUCGCCGGAACCACCGCGGCAGCAGCCGUGGAGAGACUUUCCUUCUGCCCAUACGAGGACGUUUUGGGCGCCGGGCAUGCGGAAGGGUUCUCGUCGCUGCUGGUGCCCGGGGCAGGCGAGGCGAACUUUGACUCGUUUGUGGCGAACCCGUUUGAGACGGGGAAGCAGCGGCGCGAGGCGGAGGUCCACAUGCUGCUGGACAAGCUGCCUCCCGAAUCCAUCAUGCGCGACCCCGACCGCAUCGGCACCCUCCUCCGCCCCCAUGAGCGCCAACGCUCCCUCACCAACACCCUUGUCUCCAAGGCUAACGCUGCGGCUCGGGCAAAGAGCCUCGGGAAGAGCCCCGGGGGAAAGAAGGGAGGGGGUGGGGAGGGUGGGGAAGGUGGUGCGGGAGGGGGAGGCGAAGAGGAGGGGGAAGAGGAGGAUGAGGAAGAGGGUGAGGAGGAGGGAAAGGAUGGGGCGAAGCGGCCACGGGAGAAGAACAAGACCAAGGGGCGGAACAAGCCAUCAAAGCGAGCCAAGAAGAGGAAGAUGAACAUCAUUGAGAGCAAGCGGGAGGCCACUCGGAGAGAUGUGCGCGCCAAGGAGGGCGGAGGAGGGGGAGGGGCGAGUGGAGGAGGCGAGGAAGGGAAGUCUGCGGUGCCACUUGCGCUGGCUCGGUUCCAACGGAAAGGAGCAUCGUGA